AUGUCAAGUACUAGUGAAGCGUUGAAAAACAUAAAGAACAAGCAAAGAAGACAAAAGGUCUUUGCGGAAUUAAAGCAUGAAAAAAACAAAGAACGUCACAAGUUAAGGCUGGAAAGAGCAAAAGAAGAACGAUUAAAUCCAGAAUUAAGAGAACAAAGAAUAGCAGAGAAUAUACCAGCUACUAUUGAUAGUAAGAGAGUAUUUGAUGAGACUAUUGCUGCUGAAGUUGAAGGUGAUGAUGAGUUUGGAAAUUACUUUAGAAAUUUAUUGGAAGAACCAAAGAUUUUAUUAACUACUAAUGCCAAUGCUAAGAAACCAGCUUAUGAAUUUGCCGAUAUGAUUAUGGAUUUCCUUCCAAACACCACUUUUAUUAAAAGAAAGAAAGAAUAUACUAUGCAAGAUAUGGCUAAAUUCUGUUCAAAUAGAGGAUACACCACUUUGAUGGUUAUUAAUGAAGACAAGAAAAAAGUCAAUGGGAUAACAAUGAUCAACCUUCCAGAAGGUCCAACAUUUUACUUCUCGGUUACUUCUAUUACUGAUGGUAAGAGAAUCAAGGGACAUGGUAAAGCUGGUGAUUAUUUGCCUGAAAUUAUCUUGAACAAUUUCAAUUCUAGAUUGGGUAAGACAGUGGGGAGAUUAUUUCAAAGUAUAUUCCCACAUAAACCGGAAUUACAAGGUCGGCAAGUGAUAACAUUGCAUAAUCAAAGAGAUUAUAUAUUCUUCAGAAGACAUAGGUAUAUAUUCAGAAAUGAGGAAAAGGUAGGUUUACAAGAAUUGGGUCCCCAAUUCACUUUGAAAUUAAGAAGAAUGCAAAAGGGUGUUAGAGGUGAUGUCGUAUGGGAACACAGACCAGAUAUGGAAAGAGACAAGAGAAAGUUUUAUUUGUAG